AUGUCGCCGGCUCACUUUGAGGACGCCCUCAAGAUUGACAACGUGAUUCUGGACGCCCACCGACACGACUCCAUUCUCUCGGCGGAGCACUGCACUUUCAAUGGUUCUGGUGGACGUUUGAACCUUGCCGCCCACGACAACCCGUUGAGUCGCGGUGUCUCGAGAAAGCUGGGGGUCGAGUCUGCAGCUUUAUGCGAUGAAACAGGCGAAGCGCUCAAAAAGCACUGGGGAGGAGAUGGAAAGUGUCGGAGAAUUGCGGGAGAAAAGCCUAAAUGCCGCUUGCAUUGA